ACAAGAGCACUGUACUUAAACGUUGAGGAUAAUAUGGACACUUGAGGGCGCUAUUCCGCGUUGACCAGCGAAUUCAGCAUGGCAGACGAAGACGGAGACGUCGACAAUUUCGAUGAUGGCUUUGAGGAUGAUGUGGACGAUGAACCCUUGGAGGAUAUGCAAGAUGUCGAGGAGGAAGGAGCGGAGAACAUCGAGGUUUUACCAGCAGGAGAGGGACAGCAACAGAUGGCAAGGAUUACCACCCCUUACAUGACCAAAUAUGAACGGGCCAGGGUGCUUGGCACACGGGCACUGCAAAUAGCGAUGAAUGCACCAGUCAUGGUGGAGCUUGAAGGCGAGACAGACCCCUUACAGAUUGCCAUGAAGGAACUCAAAGCCGGGAAGAUUCCCAUCAUCAUCCGACGCUACCUGCCAGAUGGAAGCUACGAAGACUGGGGGAUUGAAGACCUGAUCAUUGACACGUCUUAGCACCGACUCCAUAGAUUUAAUUUAAAAAGAAAUAAUUUUUAACCCUGCACCACCCCAAACCACCUAGCCUGUGACCUUUGAACUUCCCCAGCAUGGUAUGGUUUCAUGAAUUCAUGAAGGAUUAUUACAGUGUUAUACAAGUGCUGAUGAGUGAUCAAGACCAUUUGAGUGAGAGAGCACCACACGAUUAGUGGUGUUGGACUCUGUUGGUGUGUUUCCAUUACAAAAAACAACAGGUGGUGUUAAAAGUGAGCAGAUGUGGUAGAAAUAGUCGGCUUGUUCUUUUGUCUGGGUCACGUCACCUGCUGCAACUUGAUGUGUCUCUUUGCAGUAUUGACGUGUUCACAUUUUAACGGCCCUUAAACUUGUCUGCAAAGCCGACUUCUCAGUUUUGUUGAUUUGUAACUUUUGUCCCUGCCAAACUGAUGAUAAAAAGAAUCGUCCACCACCAAGCUUCCAGACCAACCCUGUACAUAGUUCGACUGAUGAAUGUUCUUUACAACUUUCCCCUCGGUUCUUCAAAAUCGGCUUCUGUCCAACCACACUACCCUUUUAAUGUAGGAAAAACAUGCCAUUGUGGUAGUUUUAGUUUUAAUCGUGAAUUGUCUUGUGAUCAGCUUUCCCAAUUAAAAAAUUUGUACAAAAAUCAAACAAAUUUCAAAGCCUGUUAUUGUGGAUAUAAUUUAUCUUUUUUUUAAUACACACACACGGGAAAAGGUUUUUAACACACAGAAUGUUCAGUAUUCUAAAUUAGUCAUACUGGUUAAUGAAGCUUGUAAGGUGAUAGAUAAUCUGC